GCGAGUUUUUCUCUGCGCAAAUGGCGGGAAAGCGAGAAAUGAGUCCAGAGAUCUUUUCGCGGGUACCCGGUGUCGAGACGUCGCUCGUGAGUUUUCUUCGCUCCGGCACUGUCCACCCCCCAGAGAAGAGCGAGGUCCACGCUUUUGACUUCCAUCCGCACACACACGUUCCUGCAGAGAAGAGCGUGUCUCUUGAAGAGUUUUUGAGCGAUUCUCGGUGGAAAUCGCAAGUUCUGUGCAGCUGGGAAGGCGAACGAGUUGUGUAGAUCAAAAGUGCACGUUGUCAGAGAGAGGGCAUCUGAUUCCGAGCAAACCGGCAGAGAGACAAAGCAUGACAACGGCUGUCUUGAACAUUCGCUCUCGGCGGAGUUCCUAGAAACGCGUUUUUCUCCUCCGCUUCGUGGCCUGCCCUCACGGUUCGUACUUUGUGGUUUCUUCGAGUGUCUAGACUCCCGGCGCGAGAAGACGCCUGCCCUUCCUGGCCAAGCCUGGGGUCUGGAGACGCCUUUUCCGACUUUCCGAGAGCCGCGGAAAAGCGCUUCACAGGGAGAAGCUUUUCUUUUCUUCCUUUCUCCCCAGCUGUCUCUCGAUUCCCUAUUUUCUGUCUCGCCGCAGCGCUCCAGGCGGCCGACUCGACGACGCGCAGCAGCAGCGGGCUUCUGUAUUUGCGCGCGGCCGCUGCUUCUCCUUCGCCGUGCUCAGAGCAGCCAGAAACAUCCUGCGAUGGACUCCUUCGAGCGAGAAGCGGAGCCUGGGAUUGGGCGCGAAGCGGCUCAUGCGGUGGCCUUCUCUCGGGCGUACGAACACCGGAGGCUCACGCGACCGGUGCUGCUCGAACGGGAAUCUCCGCUGUACCACCGACAGAGCGCGUCUCGGCUGUCGCAGUCUGCUCUCUCCGGCAUCAAAGCGCGAACACAAGACACAGACUCGGCCGCCUGUCGCCGAGUCGCUGGCCAGUUCGCCGGUUCUGUAGAUCACGCAGCCGACGUGAAGCGACCGACCGGUCACGGAGCAGCUGCUACACCGCGCGCCAGUCCAACGUUCUCCGCGUUUGCGCGUCCAGAAGACGCCAGGGAGGAAGACGCAGAAACCGACAGCGAGGAAGACUAUGACGACGAAGACGAGGAAGAGGACGAAUACGAGGAGGAAGAGGCUUCUCCAUUGCGUCCAAACCGACAGAAUGGAAGAAGCCCAAGGCCUUCUGCGAGUCUACGGCUUGAGCGACAACCGCUGCCGAGAGAAGGGGACCCUGCGAAUCCAGCGCCUCCAGCGCCUCGCCGUGUCUCCUUGUGGGGCAGUAUCUUGAUGCAUGCGCGCCGGUCGCUGCCCUUCCUCGGCUGCGACGGCCCGGACGGCUCUUUGCCUCCGUCCCCGAAGCCUCCCGCGUACGACAGCGAGGACCUGCAUCAGCUCGGAGUCUCGCUGCUUUCUUCACUCUCUGCACCGCGUUACUUGGCGAGAAAACUUGGAAAAAAUCUGGAACAUCGACUGCAUGCGCUCUGUCCCGACGACGCCGGCAGCGGCGGCACGGGCGCCACGCGCCUCUGUCGAGGAGCAGCGGAGGAACGCGGAGGAGAAAGUGAAAAGAGUUUCUCCUGCUCCGCCGGAAGCUUUUCUUCGCUCUCCCGUUUCCCCGCUUCGGACUCGACUGCCCAUCGUCGGUUAGAAAAGAACUCUUUCACUCCGCUGAGCAUUCGUGCUCACCGCGUCGGAGCCUUCGACGCCCCGGAUGUCGCGACACUGCUCUGGGCGUCUCUCAGGCGCCGCCUCUCGCAGUGCUUCGUUUUUUUCUUUUUCCUCUCCGUUCUUUUUGGCGUGUAUCGCCACCUCGCUUGGACCGCGAGCUUUUCAGAUCCCGACAGAGACCUGAGGGGGGAACUGCCUGGCACACCUGCGGGCAGAGGGUCUGCCGCUGCCUGGCUCGUGGAGAAAGAAAUUCAAAAGCUUCGUCGAGAGCUGGAGGAAGAGCGGGCGGCUCUCAGCGAGUACCGCGAGCGCAUGCAGAUGCAGCUGAAAAAGCACGUGGCGAGUCUGACCCAGAAAGUCGAGGAUAAUCUGGAGAGUCAGCGAAAAGACCUCGAAGACCUUUUCGUCAAACUACGAGAAGAAAAAAACGCUCAAGGAGAAACGGAAGAAGGCGAACAGGCUCAGCAGCUUCUCGCGGACGUCGACAACCUCCAAGAAGAGAUUCGAGGACUGGAGAAGAGAAACGAGGCUCUGGAGACCACUGUGGACGACAUGCGGCGGAACUUGGCGGCUCUCGCACAGAAACAAGACGAAGGACCGCAGAAGUCUCUGCUCACUCAGGCCUUUGCUCGCAAGGUCGAGGAUUUGUACACACACCUCGUGGUAGAGGAAGAGCAAACGAUUGACUGGGCGCUGGAGUCACUCGGCGGCCGCAUCGUCGUCAGCGAGACUGCGCCUCCCCUUUUGAAACCUCCCUCCUGGGCGUCCUCUGUCUCUGCGGCGAUGUGGAGCUUGGUGCAUGGCGAGGAGGCUGCGGAGGCGGCAGGAGCUGUAGGUUUUUGGGCGCACAAGAAACCUGCUGUGAUGCUGCAGCCAGAUCGCCAUGCAGGCAGCUGCUACGCGUUUCGCGGCGAACGAGGAACUGUGGCGAUUCAACUCCCGACAGCUGUUUUUGUCACAUCUGUGGCGAUUGACGACGUUGCCUCCGACCUUUUCACCGCCAGUGCGCCGCGCCGAUUCCGUCUUUGGGGCUUCGAGGAUCCACGCGCCUCUUCUGCUGUUUCGCGAAAUUCGUUUACCAAGAACACGGGGGCGUCUCUGCCGUCUGAGAGCAACUGCGGAGUGCUAGGCAAGGGGCGUCUGUGUGGCUGGUUCUCAGGUUUCUUGACCGCGCUAGGGAAGCAAGAAGAGCAGGGAGGCGGGAACCUUUCGGGGGUCCGCGAUUCUCCUCUGCGUGUGUUUCUCGGCGAAUUCGAAGUCAAGCAAAGGAAGAAGUUGGUGCUCUUCGAACUGAAGGAGAAGCCGGUACGACCUCUGAGGAAAAUCGUUUUCGAAUUCCUCAACAACUUCGGGCACCCGUACACCUGCAUCUACCGCCUGAGAGUCCACGGCGAGAAGGCGGUGCUGAAGUCCACCACCCUCAACUAGGCAUGCCCAGAAACGUAGGCAAAGAAAGCAAAGCAGUCUCACAUGCUGCGCGAAAUGGAAUGCCCAACUGCGGGCUGCGGCGGUUCCUCUAGUCCAUGCAAAC